ACCUUUAUUUGUUCCCCAUAAGUCAGAAGCUCGACCCCAGGCACAGGCAGCCCUCCGUUCAUUCCAUUCGUUCUCAGAUUCACAGGACACAACGGAAAGAAAGAGAACCAAAGGACGACUCACACACAUAUCUUCCACGUCAACGUCCUCAACUUCUCAACCGAAAUCCCAGUUUCUUCUUCCCCUUGUAUAUCCCAUUGCGUGAAGUUUUCGCCCAGUUACUGCCUUCCUUCCUGUUUCUGUGGCCUUCACCUAACAUUGUUUCGCUCACAAGAUUUCCUCCCUCAAAGUGGGUUUGGAGCAGAAAUUCCUGACUGUGGGUUCUCAUGGGCAACUCAUUUGGGUGCUCUGCCUCCGGCGAGAGGCUGGUGUCGGCGGCGAGGGAUGGUGAUUUGGUUGAGGCCAAGAUGCUUCUGGACUUUAACCCUUGUCUUGCCAAGUAUUCUACUUUUGGUGGUCUCAAUUCACCUCUCCAUUUCGCAGCCGCCAAGGGCCAUAACGAGAUUGUGGCAUUGUUGCUUGAAAGUGGUGCUGAUGUGAACUCGAGAAAUUAUUGCGGGCAGACGGCCCUGAUGCAAGCUUGUAGAUAUGGACAUUGGGAAGUUGUACAGACCCUUAUGCUUUUCCGAUGCAACGUUAUGAGAGCAGAUUAUCUUAGUGGGAGGACAGCUCUCCACUUUGCAGCUGUAAAUGGGCACGUGAGAUGCAUCAGACUUGUUGUGGCUGACUUCGUUCCAAGCAAUCUUAAUGAAGUUAAAGAUGUUGGCUCAGAUGCUGAAAGAGCUAACGGCUCAAAUGUGAAGAACAAGCAUGAUCAGAGUGCGUUGUCCAAGUUUGUAAAUAAGACAGCUGAUGGUGGUAUCACUGCACUUCAUAUGGCCGCUUUAAAUGGGUAUUUUGAUUGUGUACAACUACUACUUGACCUUAAUGCAAAUCUGUCAGCUGUGACAUUUCAUUAUGGAACGUCAAUGGAUUUAAUAGGAGCUGGAAGCACUCCAUUGCAUUAUGCUGCUUGUGGGGGAAAUUUAAAAUGUUGUCAGAUCCUCCUGGCAAGGGGUGCAAGUCGGAUGGCUUUAAACUGCAAUGGGUGGCUUCCUCUUGAUGUUGCUAGGAUGUGGGGGCGCCAUUGGCUUGAACCGUUGCUGGCACCCACUGCUGAUGCCACAAUACCGACAUUCCCUUCUUCAAAUUACUUGUGCUUGCCUCUCAUGAGUGUGCUUAACAUAGCCAGGGAGUGUGGAUUGCAGUCAUCUUCGCCCUCCCCUCAUGAGACUGAUUUAUGUGCUAUCUGCCUGGAGAGGCCGUGUUCAGUAGCCGCAGAAGGAUGUGGACAUGGGCUUUGUGUUAGAUGUGCACUCUAUCUUUGCUCAACCAGCAACGUUCCUUCUGAAAUGCUUGGCCCUCCUGGCUCCAUACCUUGCCCAUUGUGUAGGCACGCAGUUGUGUCUUUUGUCAAGUUACCUGGUUCUCAUGCAAAAGAAAAUAAACUGCAUGUGUCUCUUGGCCUAUGUACCCCAUGCAUGCUACAUCGUGACCCAGAUCGGCCUCCCCUUUCUCACACACCUGAUAUUCAAGGAAACCGUGUGGCUUCUGUGCCUUCAGAUAUACUCUGUCCAGUCACUUGUAGCCCAUUCCCAUCUAUGGCAAUUCCACUGUGUACCUGUAAUGAUGGUCCCUGUCCUUCAUAUGAACCCCGUGAAGCCGAAACAGAAGAUGAAUCACGUUCACAAGCAUCGACAGUGGAUCAGGAUAAAAUGGAAGGGCCAAGACUGGAGAAGACAACUUGUUCAAGCAUGUUUUGGGGUAGAAGAAGUUGCAGCAGGGAGCACCGGUGCAACUCAGAAAUAAAUGCCUGACCAGUUUGGUGGUUGUAUCGCCGUUGUGGAUACAAGUACAGACCCGUCAACGGGUCUGUUUUGCUUCACAGGCUGUAUACCCUAGAUGUGAUAAAUACAGGUCCGUUUUCUUUUGAGGCAUCCUGAACACCCUCUAGAUGCCUGCAUAUGGUAUUUAGGGAGAGUUUGUAAAAUUAGUGCUCUUAGAUUGUAACUGAUUGCUAUUGGAUUUCAUCUGAGAAAAGAAAUAGUGAUUUUUUACAGGAAAAACUAAGGGAGACGCCUCCUUUUCUUUUAGGGUGUGUAUUAGAGUAGCAAGUUCUUUUAUGUAUAUUAUGUUUCUCCGGAAAAUUUAAGGUAUACAAAGAGCGAAUUUGGGGAGUUAAGUGGCCCUGUGAAAUAGUGGCUUUCGCAACAGUUGCCUUUGUGAUAAUAUGAUCUAAUUUUAAUA